AUGCUUCUAAUUGAAGUAGCCAAAGAAUUUGUGGCUACAAUUGACAACAAAAAGACGGACGGGACUACUGUUGAGGCCAAGAAGCAAGCUUGGAUGGCGUUGACAAAUAAAUAUAAUGCUCUUUCUGAAACGGGAAUCAGAACAGAAAAACAAUUGCAUGCGUUGUCCGAGCUGUACAAGACAGGAGGUAGAACAUUUUGCCCUAAGACAACUGCAGCCGAUAAAAAGGUUGUGGCCUUAUUACCUCCACAAUUUAAACCAUUAUCUAAUGAUAUUGACUCAUCAGCACCAUAUUACACCAUAGAUAUUGUUGAAACACAACAGCUAAACGAUACGCAAUAUUCUUCUCGAGAAGUAUUGGGUGCAAAAGAAGAUUCUGUGCAUCAACUUCAACAAGUUAAAGGUUCCAAAAGAAGGACUUCACCUCUUCUGGUAUCUGACAUCACACCGAAAAUAAAAAAUUUGUUUAACUGA